AUGGCCUGGUUCCCAUCCGAACGGAGCAAACCCGAUGGCUGGAAAUUCGACAUUGUCAGUUUGGUGGCUGUCAUCGGUGAAUCGACCAUCGAGCGGCAUACUCAGCUUAUCACAGCCUCGCGUCUCAGUUGGAUCCCUCGCUUGAUUCCCGCUCCUCAGACUCUGCUCAAAACUAAGCGACCCGAGCGACUACCGCCAGUCAAGGAUGUUGAGAUCUUUGGUGUCCACUCCGGAACGAAGGUCACGGAGUUGAACUUCUUUGCUGAUGUUAUCCAUAAGAUACAGGACUUGGAGCAGUAUGAGUUUCGGAGGUAUGAGAUCACAAAACGGCCGGACAAUACACUGUGUCGAAAUGCGACUCAGAGUCUGGUAAUGGCAGGAGUGGCCAUGGCAGAGCAGGGACAAAUAUACAAAAAAGACAAGAAAGAUAAGAAAGACAAAACACCGAACGAAAUCAUUAUCGAUAAUCCUUUCCAGCCAUUCAGCACUUUAACCAUUGUCACCGUUGCGUCGAUACUGAUGACGAUCGGACUGUUCAUCUGGGCAGCACUCAUCCACGACGGCGUAGCUAUGAUCGCGAUAGCCACCAUGUCCGCGUCUACAAGUAUUGCGUGUUGGGCCAACACAUGGCACCCCACUUUAUCUUCGCGACCAACAAGUAAUGUCGUUCCACCCGGCGACAUCGUCAUCAAAACCCGGACAGGCGCUUUUGUUGUGGUCCAUUGUGAUGAGGAGGUCACCCGAGAACUGUACACCUGCGCUGAUACCUGCCGAUACAUGUUUGAAGAUGGCGCGCUUCAAGUGAUGCUGGGAAUCAGUACCGUUCUGCUUAUGGCAUCAAUCAUCUUCUUCACCAACUGCGGAUGGACCAUGCAGACGGCUAUUGGUAUGGCGUAUAUCAUCCUCAACAUGAUGUACUGGGUAAUUCCGUUCGUCAUGGGAGAUGAGAAGACGUGGGACAUGAGUCUCUACCAAAAGAAGUAUAAUGCAAAGUUUGAUCGCACCCUCGAUACGAAUGCCAGCUACACUCAAACCCUUUGGUAUGCGAUCAAGGAAACGCGCAGCGUGGAAUGGGUCAAGCGCGGUGGUGCAGCCCCGAACACUGGAUUCUGGGAGGAAUGGCUAAAACUGGCCCAGGAGAACGUGGAUAAGGGGAACUUUGGAUGGGAUGCGGUGGGAGUGAAGAACGAAUUGAUGAAUAAGGCGACUCAGGCUACUCGCAAACAGUCGCGUCGUUCAUUAUCUAUGUGUUUGUAA